GGUUGUUGUUUUGGUGUGGUACUUGGAAAUCAAACCUCUUCACUCACUGCAAUCCAAAUUAUGAAGGAAGCUCUCUCGACCUUGACCACUACUCUCUUCAAUGCGACUAUCUUCUUCAACUCGACUCACGCGGUUUUCAAUGUCAGAUUCGGGCUUCCACUUAGUGAGGUAGGAUGGUUUUCAAUAGGUCAUGGCACCACGAUGAGUAAUUCAAGAAUGAUGAUCAUGUGGCCCCUUCAUCAAGACUACGGAAAAAUUCAAUGGAUGAAAGCGUAUUGUAAAGCUUCUGGACACGCGCUUCCAACCCCAAUACUCAGUUCGCAGAUAGAUUCAGUUCGAGUUGAAGGCUCGGAAGCUAAUCAAAGCAAUCAUACUCUCCCAAGCGUGAAAUACACCAGGCCCUUGGCACUCUCUAACGUGGACACCUUUCAAAGAGCCACCGAUCAAAGGCUAGUUUGGGCAAUGUCAUCUGUCCCUCCCAAGAUAGAUGACGGCACGUUGGGCUUGGAAUUUCAUGAUAAAGGAUAUGGAACUGCUAUCCUGAAUUUCGUGUCUCCAGACAUGGUCGAUGGCCUAGUUAGAAGUAGUGCAAGCGGCUCGAAGGAGCUUAAACAUUCAAAAAGACAUGACACCUUGAUCACUCUUCACGCAACCUUCCUCUCCAUCUCUUGGGGAAUGAUUUCACCUUUGGCAAUAGUUUUGGCACGUUUCUUGCGCCAGAAAGGCUCUGAAAAAUGGAUUCAAGUUCACAUGAUCCUCCAACUCAUCAACGUAAUCUUCAACAUCAUCGGAAUCCUGUGCGCGGUCUUUGCAGUUGGCUCUGGCUCUCAUCGGGACACGUUCCAAAAGCUCUUGGGAUUCUUCGUGUUUAUUUGCAUGCUAGCCCAAGCUUCUGGAGGCUACUUCAUCCAUCGAUUAGCCAACAAACCUCGGUCUGAUCAAGAUGAUCUUCAACCAAGAAGAUCAAUAGCGAACCGAAUUCAUAAAGCGGGCGGCUGCAUACUCGUAAUGAUUGCAUGGGUCACAAUUGUUCUCGGGAUUAAAGAGUGGGAAUUCCUUGGGAGGGGUACACCAAUUUCAGUUUCGAUCCUCAUCGGCAUCACUUGUUCUCUCUCAGCCAUUCUCUAUGCGGCGCUGAUCAUCAGAGAAAAAUACGAUGAUGAAUACAAGAUCAAGGUUGGGUGAUCAGGAUAAACUCAGAACACCUUCUUAAACUACCCUAUACCUCCAACUUUAUGGACUCUUCCAAUCCAAGUGUCUAAUCCGUAAAAUUUCAAAAUCCCACUCAUUCACUGAUAUGGUUUAACCAACUACCAAUCAGCUUUAAAUUGUUCCGACUCACUAACAGAUUAUUAUUUAAAUAUCCCGUAGUUUCAUUGUCUCUCCGAUUUUUCAGACUAAUUUGUC